AUGGUCGUCGUCACUGGACCGUUCAGCACCCGUCCGCGCCGUCCACCAACCGAGAGGUUCGUCGAAAUGCUAUGUGCGCUCAAGCGCCACCAUCGCUGGCUACCACGGCUCGAUCGACCGGCCACGGUGGCCCCCAUCGCCCUCGCGAUCAUGUCGUUUCAAGUCGUUCGCGCCAGUCUCGGGUCGCUGCCCACCGACGGAACGACGGUCGUUGUUUCGUUCUUGACGCAGCACGACCUCGACUGGAUCGUGAGCUUUGGGACGUGGAUUGUCGCAGGGACCGCGCCCUUUGCGGGUCACGUGACCGAUCGCAUCGGCGCUUCGAAAGCGGUUGUCGGUGCGUGUCUUGUCGCCGGCGGGGCUUGCCUUCUCCUGAGCAUUCUGCUGACCUCGGACAGCGUGUCCAAAGCUGUGCUCAUGUACAGCUACGGUCUCUUCUCAGCACUCCACAGUGUCGCAACCUGUGCGAUCGCCAAGGUGGGCGCAACGUGGUACGACAAGCACGAGCGGGGUCGACUUGCAGGUAUGGUUGGUGCAACAUUCCUUUGCACCGACUAUGUCCUCGCCACUGCCCCACUGCAACGUCUCGUCGCAUCUCCGAACAGUGCGUCGUGCUUUCUGUCGGCCGUGAGCCUUGUAUUUGUCUUCCUCGCGACCAUGGCGCAGCUUUGCAGCUGCGAUGCGCCGCUACGAGCCAUCGACGAGCCACUGCAAGGCGCGUCAUCACCCGCACUCGGCGUCAACGGCCUCGGCGAGGUCCUUCGACUCGACUCGAUGCGUGGCGUUGCGCCGGCGGUGGUAUGCCUCUUCUACGCGAGCGAUGCACUGCGGGCCCAACUGCCACCCACGACAAUGGGCCUCGAUAAUGCCUGGAAGCUUGGCAGUGUCGUCGGCGCCAUGGCGCUUGGGAGCCUCAGUGACGUUGUGUUUCAGUCGCAGCGCGCGCCAACGAUCGUGCUUCUCUUCCUCGUCCAAGCGGUCGGCAUCUACCUCGUAUUUGCGCUGGGACCGCACGUGACGUACGUAGCGUGGCUCGUCACGGGUGCCAGCGCGCUACUUCGUGGCAAUAUCGUACUCGUUUGGCUAACAUGGCCCAUGGACCUUCCGCCCGAAAUGACUGCUAGCGCCAGCGGCGUCCUCACCACACUGAGUUCUAUCGGAGCCGGGGUCGCAUCAAUAGCUGCCAGUUGCUUUGUGAAUACCCACGUGUGCCUCGUCUCGCUGCUCGCAGCGUGCCUCGCGGGCAGUGGCAGCAUGCUACGCGUGUACCUCGUCGCGCUGUACCCACCUCACGAAGCAGUUGAAACCCUGCCUCUGUAUCGGAGACGUCGUGAUGACGUGCGCUCCGUCCACGUCUCCCGCCGCGCGUCAUUUUAG